GAUGCAAGCAUGUCGCGGUCAUGCGCAGUGGUGUUAUUUGUAGAGGCAACCAGGGAAAUAAAGCUGAUUAUAUCAAAGUCACGUGUUUAGCCCACUGAAAACAUUAACUCUACUUCGCCGUGAACUGACGGCAGAUUAAUUCUUUAAUGAAACGUGUUAAUAUUAUAUCUAUUUGAAUAAUGACUAGAUCUAAAUGACUUAAUUGUAGACGGAAAUAGUUGAUUACAGCGAGGUUAUUCAACCUGGGAAAUACCAUUCUCGUACAUUAGGUUCGUUCAUUGAUACAACCAGGACUGUCUUUACCCGUAUGACGAUACACCGCACAAGUUACACCCAUAAUGAACCUGGAGGAGAAUAGUCCCUAAGGCUUUUGAAUAUUCAGAUUUCAAAAUGGCAGAAGGAGACGAGGUAUAUACGUGGUCAGAGACUGGAAGCGAUCAUAGAUACAGCGGCCUGUACAGCCGUCACUCUCGAGUAAGUCAGACUAUAAGCAUUCUCCGACACAGCCGUCACUCUCAGGUAAUCAUCAGAGAAUAUAAGAGUCCAGAGACACAGCAGAAUGUACUGUCUUCACUCUUAGGUUAAUCAGAGAGUGGAAGCGAUCAUAAACACCGCGGCCUGUACAGCCGUCACUCUCGAAAUUAUGUGGAAAGUUUGUCCAUAGAGAUCUGUACUAUAAUGACCCGGCUUGGUUACGGCGAGAUGAUGAGACGGUGGCGCGUUGAGAAGUACAGGGAGAUUGGCAGGCUGGUGAAUGCACUAGCUUUGAAUAAUGGAAUGAACGAUACAUUUAUCAUAGCUGGGAGCAAGGCAGAGGGACUGACCUGCCGUUUGGAAAGCGACUUGGACAUAUUAUUUGUGCUGAAGGAUGUCCUCUGUGUGGAAGCUGAUAUCAAUCUGCUCACUAUUUCAGACGACAUAGAUGUGUUUAGGAUGGAUACGAUGGAUACACGUGUAUAUCCAGGGCACUGCAGACUGUUACAAGAGAGACCAGCUGCUCAUGCACAUUAUCCUGUAAUUACCAAGGCUCUGUGUGAUAAUGGAUAUGGGGGCGUUCUAUUAAGUAGUAGCUUAUUGCUAGAUGAAAAUUCACGUUCAUUACCACAUAUUGCACAUUUGGAGCGUCAUGAACGAGCCGGGCCGUCGCUGCCUUUUGCAUAUUUUGGUGUAUAUCAUUUUGACACGGUUAUCGCACUACGGUGUUACUGCCCCAGCAUCCUACAGAGAUGGGCUGACAGACGACGUAAUUGGCCAUCACCAACUAUAGUUCAGAAAGUAGUAUCAUUAGGAGCCUUUGUUACUCCAGUAGGGUUUAAGGGAAGCGAUUACAAGCACGUGGAGUGGAGGAUUUGUUUCAACACCGGCGAGGCAGAACUUGUAAACAACCUUAACGACACACAAGUAAAAGUAUAUGUCAUUCUUAAAAUGAUCCUUAGAGAUAUAAUAAAACCAAAUAAUAAAGAAAUAACAUCGUACGUGUUGAAAAACAUCAUAUUAUGGCAAGCUGAAAAUACUCCACAGACAGAGUUUCAUUCACGCAGCUUACUUUACUGGCUUCAUAACGCACUGAGAGAGCUUAGGACUGCUAUUGCGGAAAAAAAACUUAGCUAUUACAUGAUUCCAGAUAGAAAUUUAAUGGCAGCCUGUGGGUUGGAUGGUGCGCUGCAGAGAAAAUGGGUAGCAGAUAUCACGGACAUGAUGGACGAAGGUCCCAGGGUAAUACUUCGAUUGGAGAAGAUACGGAAGGCCAUUGUUGCGUCCCCGGAACCGAUGUUGUGGUUUAGCCAGAAAAGGAUGGAGUUGGAGAUGCUGAUGCUGGAGCUUCCAAUCAGAGGGUUUCAGGCACCGAUACGUAUACGCAUUGCAGAGAUAUUGUUUGAGCUGAUGCAACAAACUGAUCAGGAGGUCAGUCUUGACAUUUUCUUUGAUUGGUCCUGCAGACUGCUAAUGUAAUGCGCAUUAUUUAUUAAAUGGAUGCUAAACUCAUGGUUCUCGUAUUUUAAACUCUCAUUAAAGUUCAUUUUCUCGUGCGCGAGAAAAUUAGUAGUAUAGAUUUUUUCUUACUGUUUACAUACUUUAAAUAUAGGACUGGACCGCUACAAAAGUGUAUUAUUGGUAGUUGAUUGGGUCGCAAGUAGGACAUAUAUUUUACAUAUACGCACUUAUUUGGUUUGUACUAGAAAUUUGUGCCUACGUUGUUGUGUACAUCUUGUGCAUAUAUGCAAAACAAGAUGCAACAUCUACCUGGGUAACACUAUCUAAUCUUAUGUACUUUUACGUUUAUUUAAUAUUUACAUUAGUUUAUUUAUUUGCAAUAUUUGUUAAAACAUAUUAUAUGUAAUAAAAACUCGUUUUAUUAUAACACCAAUCGUUUUUUUUAAGGAUGCAAUUGUUGUUUUUAACUGUUAUUUUGAUAUUUAUAUAUAUUGGUUUAUUCUGUAGCUUAAUAGCAUAGUAUAAGUCAAUAGGUGACCAUCUCGCGAAACACAUUUAUGAUUGCAUUGAUUUCUGAUUAAAAGAAAUUAUGUAUUCUAUCUCUGGAAUGCUACAGAAACUUAUAUUUAAGUUGUUGGUAUAUUAUUAUGCAACACUAUGGAAAUCUGAAAGUGUUUAAGAGUAACAGGGUCACAGUAUGGAAUCAAAUGCUGGUCUUCUGUUUUUAUACUCCAUUUAGCAGGAUAGAAUACAAAUAAAACACUUGCAUUAAAACCAUUAAUUGAACGUUUUUUUAAAGUCGCUGAUAUGAAACAUAAUUAUCAUGACCUACAUGCUAUUAAUAUCAAUCUAGAUUAUAAAACAAAUCCUUUGUAUUUGUUUAUAUUAAUGUACUACUGAUGAAGGCUAUGUCCGAAACAUGUUUGGUACUUAAAACAUUUUAAUAAACAAAAGUGACGUGUUUGUACGAUUUAUUUAAUUUUAUCAAUCUAGAUUGAAAUAUAUUAUUUAAAUAGAUUAUUUUUUUUAUAAAAUAAUUAAGAAUAUCCAUUAGCGAAAUGUAAACACUUCCAGCAGUUCUUACAGUUGUUUUUAUUUAACGAUAAACACUACUAUAACACAA